GCGCCGCCUGGGGCCUGGCUGGCUGCUCUCCCUCCGCGCCGCGCAAGCGCAACCCACCAUCACGCCGGCCCGUGUCCGCUUCCGCUCAUCAACUGGCCAUUUCCCCGGAACGGAAGGCGGAAACCCCCGGCGGUCCUUUUCUACUCCCCCCUUUCAAUCCAACAGUCUCCUCCUCUUCUAAUCUCUCCCUCCUCCCUGCGAACGCAUUACGAGGUCAACCCUCCUUCCUCUCCCCGCGUGCAGCGGCCUAGCCAUGGAGGCCGCGGCGGCGACGACGACGACGGCGCUCCUCCCCUCCUUCUCGGCGCCCGCGAGGACGCGGAGCCGGACGAACAACGCGCUGCCGGGUUGGCGCGCGCCUCCGCGGCGGGGAAGGGGGCUGUCCAUGGUGGCCAGGCUGGACGGGGGCGGCAUGGGCAGAGGGGUGCCCACGGCCAACUACGUGGUGCCGCUCGACAAGGCCACCGGGAUGACGCGCCCGCUCGUGGAGAUCCUGCGGGACCUCAACAAGCGCGUCCCCGACAAGAUCAUCGACCCCGACACCAACACCGUACCCUGGUACCAUGCCAAUAGAAUGCUGAGCUUUUAUGCACCAGGUUGGUGUGGUGAAGUCCGUGAUGUCAUUUAUUCCAACAAUGGAACUGUAACUGUGGUCUAUCGAGUGAUUCUAAAAGGAACAGAUGGAGAGGCAUUCAGAGAUGCCACGGGCACAGCAGCUGUACGCGAGGGCCGUAGCGACGAUGCUGUUGCGGCUGCGGAGGAAGCAGCGUUCAGCAAGGCCUGCGCACGGUUUGGUUUCGGACUGUACCUGUACCACCAGGAUGAGAUUCCAUAGGGAGGACGACAGCCUUGAGAUUCAUCCUACAGUGGAGAUGGUUAUAUCAUGGGUAGGAACCGCCCUUGGACAGUUGGAAUGCUUCGCUUUCCUGAGAAAUUUUCAAAACUUGAAGCGUGCUUUCCCUGGCGCAUAUGCAAGAAACCUGUAAAUUGUUCUAGUGCUGUUAUCUUUGUUGUUGUCGGUGUCUCCAGCAAAUUCAUCCAUUAGAGAAAAGAAACAACAUAUGAAAGAUGUCAUAUUAUUACUAAGCUGCUGUAAUUUUCUGCCUCAUGUCGGUUAGUUUCUGGAGUUGUAGCUUUUGUGUUCUGUUGAUGCAAUUUUGCUCUUACUAAUAAUAGCAGUAUUCUACUUUACUACUUCAGGACCA